AUGUCGUCCUCUGAUGUUUACCAACCUUCUAGUAAUGUAGAUACCACAAAUAUCAUGAGUCAGUCUGAAGCAUCAAAUGAAUUAACCAAAAAGAGGGAAUUGGAUGUCCUGGUAGAAAUGUUUCCUAACUUAAAGCAGGAGCGAAUUGAAAAGGCUCUGGAAAGUGCUGGUUCAGAUUUUGAGAGAGCCAUCAACAUACUUCUUGAGGAAAAUCAUACAGGUGUGUUUGUAUGUAUUUCACUAGGGUAAAUAAUGUUGGGAUACAUCAGAUGAAUAAUAUUUAGUAAUAUUUCUGAUAAUUUGGUUUGCUUCUUUUGUCUUUCUCCAUCUUAAUUGCCAAUUUUAUGAAAACUGUAAUGUGUCACUAUCAGUUGACCAUCCUAGCUUAUCACCCAGUGUCAAGGCAUAAAACAGUGUACGUGGUGUCAUUUGCCUAGUUAACUUUCGGUAUUUUUCUUUCAGUGUAAUAUAAAUGAUGUAGGUCAUAAAUUAUUAAUUUAUUUUUUGCCCGAGCCAGAGGCUCAUGUUUAAAACAUAAGACUAUAAAACUAUCUAUAAGUAAAACUAUAUAAAAUAUAUUAAAAAUAUAUCAAGAACAGAGCAAUAAGUGUGCAAAAACUGUUAAUAGAAUCCAAUUGUAGAUAUUAAAAUUACUUAAGGUACUAGAGAAAGGUAGGAAAUACAUGUACGAUUAGGAAACAAAUGGAAAAUAAAUACUAAUUUAAAAAAAUAUAUAUACAAGAGUUACAAUGACAGGUGGACCCUAAUUUGCUGAAGUCAAAAGCCUUUAGGUAACUACUGAAGUCACUAAAUUUAGUUGAUGUUUUAAUAUAUGCAGGUAGUUUAUUCCAUAGGCGACUAACUUUAUAGGUAAACGAAUUAUGAAAGAAUUUAUUAUUAUAGCCAGGUUGUUCCAGAUUAAUGCCCCUACUUCUUAAAUUAUAUUUUGUAUGACGAGUCUGAAAAAAGUUCUUGAUGUAUUGUGGACCAUAAGAGUGCAUGCAUUUGUAUAAUAAAACAAGAGAACUAUAAUAGCGUCUAUGUUCAAGAGACUGCAUAUCACUCAAGGAUAAUAUAGUAUCAUAGUCAAGAUUAUUACCUAGAUUUAAUAGAGUUUUAAGUGUUGGCUGACUCUAGUUUAGAGCUCAAUGUUUUAUUUAUUCCAAUAAGUAGUGGACUGAGGUAUUCGAAAUGAGGAAGCAGGUAGGCCUUGUAAAGUGAUAGGGACAUGUUAUGAGGCAUUGGUCUUUUGAGAACACCAAUCUUGGCAUAGACUUUCUUGAGCAUGUUGGAUAUAUGUUCACGGUAAGUCAAUUUGUUAUCAAUAGUCACCCCAAGAAUUUUAAGAGAGUUUGCCAAUUCCACCUUAGUAUCACCAAUGAAAAAUUCAGGAAUGUGAGUGUGACUACCAAGUAUCAUACCUUGCCUUUUGAUACUGUUGACAAUCAGAUAAUUUUGAGAAAACCAGGUGACCAGAAUGUUAAGGUCCUGGUUUAAAGAGAUUUCCAGGGUGAUGAUGUCACGAUUAGAUGCAUAAGUUGUAGUAUCAUAAGCAUAUAGACGCAAAGAUGAGAUUGUCCAGCAAAGUUUAGGUCAUUUAGAAAAAUGUUGAAUAACAGGGGUCCAAGUAGACUACCUUGAGGUACGCCGUAUUUGACUGGACACCAUUCAGAGAAUUUCCCAUGAAACAUGACCCUUUGCUGACGAUCAGUCAAGUAUGAUUGUAAGAAAGCAAUAGCAUCAUCAUUAAGACCAUACGCUCGCAAAAUUGUCUGGUAGGUCAGAUUUCUUCUAACAAGACAUUAGGCAUUUGGCGCAUAAGCAAGCAGGUGGAUAUAGAGGAAAAACUGUCAUUUAAAGCCUUUUUUCUUUGAUAGGCAUCACUUGCGUAGCUACUGAAAGUACCAAAGAAGAUGAGGAGUGGCUUUGGGAUACACCCUUAGCAGCACUGGCGAAAGCAAAGGUUCCAGCAAAGUCUCUCAAAGCAUUUACUGAGGAGGCUGUAAGGCCAUUUGGUUGUGAUCGUGAUGUAGUUGUGGACAGGAACACAGAUAUUUUGAAGCAGAUGCUCAGAAAAUAUAAAAACCCCAGUUUUGACAUAACCAAACGUUUGUGCGUUGAAUUUGUAGACGAGGUUGGAAUUGAUGCAGGUGGCGUAUCAAGGGAAUUUUUCCAUGUGUUGAUGGAAAGAUUGAAACAAGGACCAGGUGGAGCUAUCAAUGUUUUUGAAGGACUAGCAGGGCACCUAAUACCAAUCCACAAUUAUGAUGUUUUGUCAGGUGGUUUGGUCAUCCUUGCAGGCAAAAUGAUUCUUCAUGCCAUCUUGAAUGACUGCAAUGGUGUCCCAGGAAUUUCUCGAGCUGUAGUCUCAUAUAUAAGCACUGGAAGUCGAGAUUCAGCAGUGGAAUAUAUUACUUUGGAAGACAUUCCAGAUCCAGAUUUAAAAGAAAAGCUCACCCAGGUUUGUUUCAUUUUAAAAAUAUUCAUGGUUGCAAAAACGUUCAGCUGUAGAUUUUAUAAUAGAUAGCAAGGUCACGUUGGGUGUUUAGGUUCAUAUUGUCUUUGGUGACUUCAUUAGUCAAAACAAGGUGUACAUAAAAUAAGGUGCAAUGUGUCAUAGUUAGUGUCGGAAGAAGCAAGAUGCCCAUUAAGAGAAUCCUAUUACCGGUACUUGUAUUCAAAGAACAGUCUUGCACACAGUAAAGGAAUGCCAGAAUUUGUCUGUAAUGUAUCAUUUUGCAACAAAGUCCAAUUUUUACAAUAUUUGUAAUACUUUUCAUGCACUAAACUUUUAGUGCAGUUAUGGUAAUGUUUGUUUAUUUAAUGUUUCUCUGUGAACAGCUUCUUCAAUGCAAAAAAGAAUCUUUGGCAGAUUUCACCAAUCCAUCAAGCUCCAUGAAUAUCUCAGAGCUGCUGACAUCUGCUGGCUACCCUCAUAUAAGUGUAACAGAGGAGAGAAGACACCUAGCAUAUGAGUGCAUUUUGUUGUAUGAAGUCAUCACAAAGCGCAUCCCUGCCUUAGACGACUUGAGGAAGGGACUGGCUUCUGUUAAAGUGUCACAAACAACACUCCUCGAUUUACUUGGGAAACUUCCUGACGUUCAGCAACGUGUGUUUCCUCCACACACUGGCAAAAUUGAUGUCAUGAUGCUCAAGUUACAUUUGGAGUGGAGAGAAACUGCUUAUCCUGUAAACCAAGCAGCUCAACAGUUUUUUCUCCAAUAUAUAGAUGAAUUACAUGAGAAAGGUGAUCCUAACAGUAUGACUAUCUUUAUACAAUAACCUAAUAACCCUGACACUUAACUAAAAUUGAUGAUGGUGAUGAUGAUGGUUGUCAUACUCAGUGAUAACUGUAUUGGGAUUCUCUGUUGGUGUAAAUGUUGAUGGUUUUCUACAAUGAUACAGACUGUAGUUUAGUGAUUUAGUGAAGAGGCUCAUAAGAAAGAAAAGUAUGAUUUUCAUGGGAUCAAGGACUUGUAAAGAAAAUUGAUAAUGUAUUUACAUGAGAAACAAAUUCCCCCAAAAUUGGAAGGCAGUUAAAUUAUGAAUACAGUGCACUUCCCUGGUUAGCUGGGUCACAAACAAGAAAAUCUUACUGAAAUGAUUUGUUUCAACAACAGAUGGUGCUGUUAACAAUGAAACAUUAGAAGACAUGGUACUAUUUUGGACUGGAUGUCCAUCACUACCCCCAGAUGUAACCACCAAGUUACUCGUGAAGUACCUUGAAAAUCAUCCCAGCAAAGUUUUGGCAGAGUCCAGCACUUGCACUCUGGAACUUUCCAUCCCAGUAGUGCACAACGAUUACAAUGUAUUCAAGGAUUACCUUAAUAACAGUAUUUUGCAUGGCAAACUUGGUUUUGGCAAGAUAUAG